AUGAACCACCCGGAAGACAACAUUCACCCGCAAGCUCCACGCGACCCGGGGACUGACGUCGACUAUCAGGCUCUUUACCGACCUUAUUCUCAGGUUGUUCAGCUUGAUCCGGCUGUUCCUGUCAACCUCGAGACCUUUGUUGAACCUGAAGAAAACGUUCCCUCAUCAGUCCUCGAACGCCAGGCCACACACCAUAGUACUGAAAACUUUGCUGCUGUCGCAGACAGCAUUCAAGUCCCGGAACCGGCACAGACAGAAAAAACUGCCCAGCAGUCGCAAGCCCAAACAUUUAGUCACGCACACGAGUACGCGCAAGCUCGUGCAAAUCAGCAAUUAGGGGCGGAACGCCGGACUUUGGGCCAGCCAGUAGCACCUAUUGUGAAUGUCGAAAACGAGUCGGGCAUCUAUACACGUGAACCAGUCACAUUUUGGGGAUAUGUUGGAGUCGUGAUUUGCUUUGUCACGUCUUAUCUCUUUUGUCUUUUCGGGCUGUCGUUCCUGUUAACCUGUGCCUUUUUCUCGUCGCUUAAAAAGAAACACAAACACAAGAAAAAAAACAAGCGGCUCAACAUUGUCCCGCCUCAUUUUCCAAAGCUCGACAAAACAAACCGCAAGCUCAAACCCGACCUUGCCUACUAUGCUGAGGCUCGUGGGUACAAGAUGGAGGAAUUGGAAGUCACAACUUCGGAUGGGUUCAUUGUCAAAGUUCAGCAUUUGAUCAAUCCAAAUGAUACCCCUGCUGUGCGCGCAUCCAGAUACCCUGUUGUAAUGCUUCACGGUCUAUUACAAGCGGCCGCAGCCUAUGCCACUUCAGGCGAACACUCGUUGGCCUUUUUCAUGCUUGAAUCGGGCUACGAUGUCUGGCUCGCCAAUAAUCGCAAUGGCUUCAAGCCUAAACAUACAAACUAUAAGUACCUUGAUCUGCGCAUGUGGUCCUGGCGCAUCAGUGAAAUGGGCACCCGCGAUCUCCCAGCCAUUAUCAAUUUUAUUUGUGAGCAAACUGGCUCAGCCAAAGUUGCUUUAGUGGCUCACUCACAAGGUACAACACAAACCUUUUUAGCUCUUUCGCGUGGAUACAUGCCCGAGCUUGGUGACAAGAUUUCUGCUUUUGUAGCUCUAGCCCCUGCAGUUUAUGGCGGCAAGUUGCUCGAUCGGUAUUUUUUGCGCUGGGUACGCCAUCUCAGUCUCAAGUCUUACCGCUUGUUUUUCGGUCACCAUGGCUUUUUUUCAAUAAUGAUGCAAAUGCGACGCAUUAUUCCAUACAGUUUCUUUGGUUACUGCGGAAAAAUCAUGUUUAGCUACCUCUUUGAAUGGAACGAUUAUCUCUGGGACAGCCGCUACAAUGGCCGCCAGUUUAUCUUUUCUCCAGUGUAUGUAUCGUCAGAACUCAUGUACUGGUGGGUCGGUAAAGGGGGGUUUGCCGACCGCGGAUGCAUAUUUACUUCUGAAGAUCCCACAAUCCCUUGGUAUGAUGAGCACCUCCCACCAGUCUGCAUUGUUGUUCCCGGCCUCGAUGAUCUUGUCAACCCACACAAGCUUGUCGACCGCUUUCACAAUGUCGAGUGCCGCCUGGUGCAGCACGAUAUUGAAAUCGUCAACGUUCCCGAGUAUUCUCACGUUGACGUUCUUUGGGCCAUUGAUACUAUUGAAAAAGUGGGUAUGCCCAUGAGUAGCUUUAUUUGGCGAACAAGACACAAGCAGGAAGGUCGUGAGUGGAUGACUCCGUCCUAUGCCAAUGUGCAUGUUCCCAGUGAGACUUCUUAA